CCAACUGAGCGAUCGCGAAGGGCAGCGCUGGCCGCUCGGGAUGCGCUCAGCUCUUGCCCUCCCAAGGCGGAGUUUCGCUUUCCGCGGAGCCGCCCCAGUGGCUCGCCCAGCGCAAGGCGGGCCCGGCCGCCGGGGACAGCGCGCCCCGCCCGCGGGCCUGUGCGGGCCAGUGCGGACCUGUGCGCGGCCCAGGGCUCUCCCGGACCCGUCAGCUACCGCUGGCUGCGCGCAAACCCGACUCCAGGAAGGGCGCCCCGCCCUGCUAAGCUCAUCGAUUUUCUGUACGAGACACAUCAUCUCUGCGAGGGUCUCCCAACUCGCUUUGGGCUUUCGCUUUCCUGGAGAGGGCGCGUUCAUGGGUGCCGGGAGGCAUCUGCUCAGGACAGGAAAUGAAUCGCCAAGACUCCGUGAGCGCGCAAUUGCACAUGAGGGUGCACUCCAGCCUGGGGUUUAUGGAGAGCUUUGAUAGGCUCUGGGAAAAAGGAAGCGAGCCUUGGCUGCCCCCCACCCCCCAAGGAGAUGAUGAUUGUUACCAAACGUUUCGGUGGGUUAAAACAGCAUCUUCUUUUGAAAAAGAAAGAAAGAAAGAAAGAAAAGAAAAAUUGUGUACUCUACUACUCAACUUUAAAAGUUAUUGAGCUACCAUUGUGCUAGGGAAUACAAAGAAAUAACCCGGGCCGCUUCAGUUAUGACCUAGUGGGGUCAUAACUGAAUCAGCGUCCCAACUCCAAGAUGCAGAGCGGAGUAAAACGAACGCUUCUGGAGCAGCAGCCUCCACCCGCAGGCCGGGACACUCACCAUCUGCGUUCACCACCGAAGUCUUCCUUCAACUCGCAUCUGCUCCUCUGCGGGCUUUUGAAUUACAGACCGGAAGAGGAGAAAAAGGGAGGUAAUAAACCCCCCGAAGUGACUCUCGUUGACGAUCCAACGCCCUUUGACGUUCAAGCUGAGAUGACACUGAAGACGAACUUUUUUGCCACAAGGAAUGUCUGCACUGAACUACUGCCAAUAAUAAAGCCUCAUGGCAGAGUGGUGAACAUCAGUAGUUUACAAGGUUCAAAAGCUCUUGAAAAUUGCAGUGAGGAGCUGCAGGAGAAGUUCCGGUGCGAGGCCCUCACCGAGGAGGACCUGGUGGACCUCAUGAAGAAGUUUGUGGAGGACACAAAGAACGAGGUGCACGAGAGGGAAGGCUGGCCCAACUCGGCCUACGGGGUGUCCAAGCUGGGAGUCACAGUCUUAUCGAGAAUCCAGGCCAGGAGUCUGGAGGAGAAGAGGAAGGUCGACAGGAUCCUCCUGAACGCCUGCUGCCCCGGCUGGGUGAAGACGGACAUGGCUGGCGACUUUGGCUCCCGGACUGCAGAGGAGGGGGCCAAGACCCCUGUCUACUUGGCCCUCCUGCCCCCAGACGCGACGGAGCCUCACGGCCAGCUCGUCCGCGACAAAGUUGUUCAAAACUGGUGAACAUCUGCUUUGGAGCGUUCCGCUUAAUAAAUGUCUGAGGAAUGAAUGAGCUAAGUCUGAUACUGGAGUCUGAAUUCACUUCUGUCCUUGAGUGUAGACUGAAAUCUUCCUGUGAAAAAGGGAUCUAGUUCUGGAAUCCACAGCUGAACUUGCUAUGCAAAAACUGUUUCAUUUGAGAGGGAGAAGAACAUAGUUCAGGGCUUCUCAGGUCACCUGGAGAGCAUCAGAAUCACUGGAGGGCUGUUAAAGCACAGAUCCCCGGCCCCACCCUGAGAAUUUCCAUGUCAGUUGGUCUGAGGCGAGAACCGAGAAUUUGCACAUUUAGCAAGUUCCCGGGUCCCACUGGUGCCGCUGAUCUGCUUUGAGAAGUCCUGGCCCCAGGCGUGGUCUGAGGGCUCUGGAGUCAAUUUCUAGCUCUUUCUAGUUUAAUAUUUUUGUAAGGAUGACAAUUUACCCUGUUGCCUUAGCUUUGCAACACUACUUUGUAUUUCAUUGUUUUACUGUGUUACUCUAUUUUAACUGGUUCUUAUUAAGUACAAUAGCUUGAAGUACACAGGAAGAAUAUUCUUUAUUCUUUGGGAUAUGAUUACUUCUAUCCUGGGUUUUUCAUGUGGACUUUGCCUUCUGUGAUCCUUCCUAGAAUGUUUCUGAGGGCGCCGUGCUGCUUGUUUCAUCUUGUUCAUGUUUUGUCUAGACCAUCUCUUUGCUCAAACUCACGCUAAUGUCUUCUCCUUAACCUGUUCAUGCCUCACUCUAAGCUACAGCUCAGGGUGAUUCUUCUGAUGACUCCUUGAGCCCCUUUUUAUAAUUUCUGUGACUACCUUCAAAUAGAAUUGGUUUUGCAACCAAGUCUCCUGGGUUCCAGAUAUACCCUGUGUAAGAAAGACUUGGAGACCAAAGCAUCUUAUGAAAGAGGAGACAUUUACUUGCAGAGGAGGUUUGCCAUGGAGUCAAGACUGGCCUUAUUUAGCUUGCCUAAACUUCAGACAGACUUCUCACUAAAUCCAGGCCCCUGACUGCCUUGUCCAGUCUCACCCAGAACCGCUCAACCAUCCAGGUGGCCGAGAGGCUCCUAGCUAGGUAGAUCCUUGGCCUGUAAGACUCCAGGUGGCCUAAUUAAAGCAAAGGAAAACAUUCCAAACCAAGUGGUUCUAAUUGCAACCUCAAUAAAUCCCUCAUACACCCUGGUGAUCAAUCACUCUUGCCCCUACAGUCUUCCAGUGCUUUUCAUCCACUCCCUUCCCAGCCCUUAAAGAACUUGCUGUCCUUUGUUUCAAUGGAGUUGAGUUCUCUUUCCCCUGCUAUAGCAACCCCUAAAUAAAGUUGUCAUUGCCUGUU